AUGAAACGUAUUCCAAUCAUCUUGCAUCCGUUUUUAUUGUUACUGCUGCUACUGCAGGUGCUGCUGCUACAGGUUCUACUGCUGCUACUUCAGGUACGCUGA